GUUCGCAGUUGAAGUCCUCUUCUGUAAACUUACACCAUGACUGGAUUCCGUGCUUGUCUUCUCCUGGCUCUGGCCAGCAGCGCCAUCGCUGGCUUCGUCCAGGGCGGUCUUGGCUACGGCCACGGCCUCGGCUACUCUGGCCUCGGCUACUCUGGCCUUGGCUACUCUGGCCUUGGCUACUCCGGCCUUGGCUACUCCGGCCUUGGCUACGGCCAUGGUCUUGGCUACGGCCACGUUGUUGGUCUUGGGAACGGCUACGGCUACUCUGGUUUGACCGGCUACAGUGUUGCAGCCCCAGCUAGCUACGCUGUUGCUGCCCCAGCCGUGAGCCGCACUGUGGCCACUUCCUACCACGCCGCUCCAGCCGUUGCUACCUACGCCGCUGCUCCAGCUGUCGCCUCCUACCACGCCGCUCCAGUUGCCACCUAUGCGGCUGCUCCAGCUGUCACCAAGGUUGCCACCUACCAGACCGCUCCGGCUUUCGCCAGCUAUGCUGCUGCCCCAGUUGCCACCUAUGCUGCUGCUCCAGCCGUGACUAGGGUGUCCACCGUCCACGCUGCUCCAGCUGUCGCCACUUAUGCCGCUGCUCCAGUUGCCACCUAUGCCGCUGCUCCAGCUGUCACCAAGGUCGCUACCUACCAGACUGCUCCAGCUUUCGCCAGCUAUGCUGCUGCCCCAGUUGCCACCUACGCUGCUGCUCCAGCCGUGACUAGGGUGUCCACCGUCCACGCUGCCCCAGCUGUCGCCACUUAUGCCGCUGCUCCAGUUGCCACUUAUGCCGCUGCUCCAGCUGUCACCAAGGUCGCUACCUACCAGACUGCUCCAGCUUUCGCCACCUACGCUGCUGCUCCAGCCGUGACUAGGGUGUCCACCGUCCACGCUGCUCCAGCGGUCGCCACUUAUGCCGCUGCUCCAGUUGCCACCUAUGCCGCUGCUCCAGCUGUCACCAAGGUCGCCACCUACCAGACUGCUCCAGCUUUCGCCAGCUAUGCUGCUGCCCCAGUUGCCACCUACGCUGCUGCUCCAGCCGUGACUAGGGUGUCCACCGUCCACGCUGCCCCAGCUGUCGCAACUUAUGCUGCUGCUCCAGUUGCCACCUAUGCCGCUGCUCCAGCCGUGACUAGGGUGUCCACCGUCCACGCUGCUCCAGCUGUCGCCAGCUACCAGACUUACCACGCUGCUCCAGCCGUCGCCAGCUACCAGACCUACCACGCCGCUCCAGCUCUGGCUUCCUACGCCCACGCUGCUCCAGUCUACGGAUAUGGCGUUGGAUCCCUCGGCUACGGUGCCGGCCACUUUGGUUACGGACAUGGGCUCGGCAGCUACGGUCUGAACUACGGGUACGGUCUUGGCACCUAUGGUGACUACACCACCCUCCUCCGCAAGAAGAAGUAAACUUCGCAAAGAAGAGUUACCAUCGUAGACGUCAGCCACUAGGAAUCUAUGAAGAAGAGGACUGUUCGCUGCCAACUUUUGUGGUCGUAAAGAGACAAUAAAACGAAUGAAACUUGUCACUUUCA